GGGACCGUUCAUCUUUCCCAUCUAUUGUAAUCCGUACAAUCAUUUGUAACAAUCUUAAGGUAAUAGUCAUAUCCGUGCACGAUGGCGGGUAUGGACGGAUUCAGUUUUGACGCUCACACUAGAAACGGGAGUAGUUCCGAGACUCCGGUUGUGAAUGCUUCGGCUGGAUUGGGUGGCUCUGUUAGGCAGACCACUCUGAUUAACAUUCCUUUCGGAUCGAGUGCGGCCAUGGGGUCCACUCUGAUCACCACCUUCGUUGGAUCGAGCGCGAAAAUGGGGUCUGCUCCGAUCACCUCGAUUAUUGGACCAACCGCGGCUACGGCCACAAUGGUCACCCCACUCGGACCGAAUAUGGCUUCGGCCAUACCGGUCAUUCCCUCACUUGGACCGAACGCGGGUGUCUUCACAUCCGCACCGGUCGGACAUCCUACUGUCAUGCUGCCUGCGAACUCUGUCAAAGAACCGGCAAAGUUCACAGGUGUUGGCUUUAAAAUAUGGAAGGAUGUUAUUUUGGCUGAUGUUAUUUUGGCAGGAUGUGUUGGCAAAGUUCACAGGUGUCGGCAAAGGAUGUUAUUUUGGUUGACCACCCUCAACCUUGCGAGUGAGGCAUUCCAAGUGGCGGCGAUUAUUCAUGUGCUCCCGCCGACUUGGGAUGAGUUCCGGAGCUAUCUCAAGCUCAAACGGAAAGAGAUGACUUUAGAACAGUUGCUUGUUCGUCUCCGGAUCCGUGAAGAGGGUCUUACUCGCGAGAAGAAAGUAGUUGUUUCUAAGGCCAAUGUGGUGGAGCAUCCACUCAAAGAGGGUUCUUCCAAAGGGCCCAAGCCAAAUAAGGACAAGAAGAAGAUUGGUCCUAAAGGAGGCGUCGCGAAGACUAAGUUUGCAGGGAAAUGCUACAAUUGUGGCAUUACGGGCCACUGUUCUUCAGAGUGUCGCAAGAAGCCUCAGAAGAAGAAGCAGAAGAAGGAAGAAGCUCUCUGCUCGGAGCUAGAUGCUAUGGACCUUUGUGCUGUCGUGACAGAGGACAGUCGUAUGAAGGAAAACCCCAACGUGGCUGGUACCUAGGUUCAAUGGGACAACCUACUUGUAGGAUAAAGCGUGGUCACUGUG